AUGGCAACAUCAUGUUUUUCGAUCCCUGGUUCUUUGGCAGAGAUGAUCAAAGAUGUCGAGUGCUCAACAUCUGCCAAAGAGUUCAUCGCUGCAAAUUCUGAAAGUAUCUCAUGGAAAAAGCAUAAACUUGUUAUAUCCUCUCAGUACGCCGGUUUGCUCUUCAGAUCUUCUAUUGAUGGCAUAUUGAAUCAUCUGAAGAGUUUGAUGGAAGACCCACUUGUCGCCGAUAUAUCCUCAAUUUUGAUGGUAGGCGGAUACUCUGAUUGCUCUUUACUACAGAAGAAGGUGAAACACUUAUUCCCUAACUUACGCGUGAUAGUCCCACCAGAGGCUGGUCUGGCAGUGCUGAAGGGGGCUGUGAUAACCGGUCACACACCUUCCGCUAUCACUCACAGGGUCUGUCGAUAUACCUAUGGCAUAGGUGGAAGUUCUCCUUUUAAAGAGGGCGUCCAUGAUGAGAAACGAAAAUACUUCCAUACUAGAGGAAUUGAACUGUGUAGUGGAAUAUUUCUUCGACAAGUUAGUGUUGGCGAUGUCAUCAGUGUUGGGCAUAAGGGAAGUCGCCUCUGUUACCGGGCAAACGAUGAAACAAGUACAAAAAUCCAUAUCAACGUUUAUGCAUCUACACAAACCAAUCCAAUGUACGUUCAACAUGAUGGUUGCAAAAAGUUUGGAUCUCUUUCUAUCGACAUGUCUGACACCACAAAGCGUCUGGAUAGGGGAGCUUAUGUUCAGAUGAUAUUUGGUGGUUCUGAAAUCAAAGUGGAGGCAACAGACAUACACACAGGUGAAAAACAUUCGGCUACUUUUGAUUUCAUAUAA